GUAAAAAAACGUUAAAACAGUUGAGUUAAAUAUAGAUUGUUCGUAGAAAGUGUGUUAUGGUGGUAGAGAAAAAGUGCAGAGCAUGGGAGCAAUUGUAAACCUAGGAAUAGGAGGAGGAGCAGCUCCGUCGUCGUCAAUCCGGUUAUGCCAUCGUUCCCAGUUGACGAAGCAGCUUCAAUCUGUUGAUAAAGAAUGGAGUCGUUUACAUCACAAACUCAACACCAAACCCAAAUUCACUUGCCUUUUCUCAGACAAUAAAAGAGAGGAUCAAGCUAGAAAAGCAUUAGAAGGUGCACUAAGUGGGAAGAAAAUUGAAUAUGAAAAGUGGGACAAGGAAAUCAAAAGACGAGAAGAGCUGGGAGGAGGAGGUGGCACCAAUGGCGGUGGAGGAGGUUGGUUUGGGUGGGGUAGAUGGUUUGGCUGGUCUAAUGAUGAUAAUUUUUGGCAAGAAGCAACACAAGCUAGUCUUACUAUACUUGGCAUCAUUCUCAUAUAUCUCCUAGUUGCAAAAGGCGAUUUGAUCCUUGCCGCCAUCAUCAAUCCAUUGCUGUAUGCACUUCGGGGAGUGAGAAACGGAUUUGGUCUCACAACAUCAGAAGUAUUGAAAAAUACUUCUAAUAGUGAUCAGCCUGAUUUUGAUGGGGUUUUGAAGAAGGAAGGUUACAAGAGUGCUUCUGCUAAAGAGAGCGUUGUAAGAAAAUGGGGUAGUGAUUAGUGGAUAACUUGUUUGUCACAGGUUAGGCACCAUCCCUUUUAGAGCAGAAUGUUAUUUAUAUUUCCCCUCAUUGUUGGUUCUAUACAACCUUUGCUCCAUGACGUGUUAGUGUCGCAAUUAUUGUUGUAAUUCAUCGGUUUUUUCUCCCAUUUGUUUGCAAUUGGUAAGGAAAUUUUGUUUCUCCAAAA